GUUAGUAGUCCCUCUGAUCCAUCAAGUCGGUCAUUGGACUCGGAGAGGCGCGUGUUGGUCGAGCUCGCACCGAUGUUCAGCAUGCAGGGUGUUUGCGCUGAGAGCUUGUUGGUGUGAUGGCGGACAGUGAGUGAGCAGGACUGAACCCCCAGGAUAUACGGGGGGGGGGUAUAUGGAGCGGCCCCGGGCCGUGCUGUGGACCUGCCUCCUGGGGGCCGGACUCACCCUGGCCUUGCCUCCAGCUUUCUCCAUUACGCACCCCGAGGCGCACCCCCACGGCCCGCGGCUGCUCCGCUGUGUGUUCCUGAAUCGAGCUAACGUCACCUGCCACUGGGAGGCCGGAGACAACCACACGACUCAGUACACUCUGCAAGUUCAACUGGUCUUUAUUUCGAACCCAACACGGGGCAUCCUCUCAUCAGACUGCACAACAGAUUCCUUCCUCCGGCUACCACCAAACAGCUCUGACAAAAAGUUCACCUGCAUCACGCCUAACACCCGCUGCACGGCGGCGUUAAAAAGUACUGACGUGAGGAACUGCUUCUGCAUCAGCAUCACAGCACACGGCCCCAAACAUAACAUCACGUCCCGACCCCGCUGUCAGUCAGGCAGGACUGAAGUGAUGUUGCCUCCAGCGGAUUUGACAAGCACAAAGUCAGUCAGCGGGAGUCCUCGGUGUCUGACUGUAACCUGGAGACGCACCUUGUCUGUGUUUCCUGUGGCUGCCUCUGAAAUCAAAGCCGGAAAACUUAACUCCCAGAUAGAGUUCAACUUCACAGCACAGGGGCAGGUCUGACACUCCCAAAUACACCCAAAACAAAAUGACACUUGCAUAAAGGAACACAUUCAGAAAUA